GCCGCCGCCGCCACCGCCUCGGGUGCUUGAGUUUCAUUUUGUCGGAAAUGGAGUGUUGUCGUAGAUCUGGAACAUAUUGGGUUCUGAUUGUGGUUGUGUCUUGUUUGGGGAUUGCUUCAACUUCAACUUUCGCUGACACUCCAAAGCCUAAGAAUGUCCAAACUGCCCUUCGUGCUAAGUGGUCUGGUACUCCUUUGCUUUUAGAAGCUGGUGAAUUAUUAUCUAAAGAACAGCAACACCUUUUCUGGGACUUCAUUGACAUUUGGCUUAAUGCUGACGAGGAUGUUACUACUUCUCAUUCUCAUGCAGCUAAAGAUUGUGUUAAGAGAAUUUUAGAAUACGGACGCACUUUGUUAAGAGAACCAUUAGCGUCGUUGUUUGAGUUCUCUCUUAUUCUGAGAUCAGCAUCCCCUAGGUUGGUGCUUUAUCGCCAAUUAGGCCAUGACUCUCUUUCAUCUUUUCCUAACUAUGAGGAAAAUGUGGAAACUGAAAACGACACUGAAAUUACAAAGUUAGAUCCCCUGCGUGUUGGUGUUAACCUUAAAAGUCCUGAUGGAAAAUGUUGUUGGGUGGAUACUGGUGAACACUUGUUUUUUGAGGUUUCUGAGCUACUGUUGUGGCUUCAAAACCCUGCUCAACCGCUGGGCGAUUCAUUUCAGAUACCUGAAGUGUUUGAUUUUGAUCAUGUUCAUUUUGAUUCAAGCUCUGGAAGUCCUGUCGCUAUCCUUUAUGGCGCUCUGGGGACCGUAUGCUUUAAGGAGUUUCACACUGCUCUUGUUGGAGCUGCUAAACAGGGAAAAGUUAAGUAUGUAGUAAGACCCGUGUUGCCAGCUGGAUGUGAAGCAAAUUUCGGCCACUGUGGCUCUGUUGGUGCAAGCGAGUCAGUAAACUUGGGUGGUUAUGGUGUGGAACUUGCUUUAAAGAAUAUGGAAUAUAAGGCCAUGGAUGACAGUACAAUUAAAAAAGGAGUAACUUUAGAGGAUCCCCGCACUGAAGAUCUUAGCCAAGAAGUCAGAGGAUUCAUAUUCUCUAAAAUUCUGGAGCGUAAACCAGAGUUAACAUCUGAGAUCAUGGGUUUCAGGGAUUAUCUAUUAUCAUCAACCGUAUCAGAUACGCUUGAUGUUUGGGAAUUGAAGGAUCUAGGGCAUCAAACUGUACAGAGAAUAGUCCAUGCCUCUGAUCCUCUGCAAUCAAUGCAGGACAUCAAUCAAAAUUUCCCUAGCAUAGUCUCUUCUUUGUCUCGCAUGAAGCUUGAUGAUUCUGUUCGAGAUGAAAUAAUGGCAAACCAGCGGAUGAUCCCACCUGGCAAGUCUUUAAUGGCUCUGAAUGGUGCUUUACUCAAUGUGGAAGAUAUUGACCUUUAUCUGUUGAUUGACUUGGUUCAUCAGGAUUUGUUACUGGCUGAUCAGUUCUCAAAGUUGAAGAUUCCUCGUAGCACUGUGCGAAAACUGCUGUCAACUUUACCUCCUUCGGAGUCCAGUAUGUUUCGUGUUGAUUUUCGUUCUAAUCAUGUACAUUAUCUCAACAACUUGGAAGAAGAUGCUAAGUACAAAUGGUGGAGGAGCAAUCUUAAUGAGAUCAUGAUGCCAGUCUUCCCUGGGCAGCUACGUCAAAUACGUAAAAAUCUUUUCCAUGCCAUUUUUGUUCUUGACCCAGCUACCACUUGUGGUCUUGAGUCCAUUGAUAUGAUCAUAUCAUUGUAUGAGAACAAUUUUCCUCUGAGACUCGGGAUUGUACUGUAUUCUUCAAAGUACAUUACGCAGUUAGAGGGUCAUUCUGCCAAAGAUGAUGGAGAUAAAUUUGAGGAGGAUAUAUCUAAUAUGAUUAUACGUCUCUUCAGCUAUAUCAAGGAGAACUAUGGUGUCCAAAUGGCUUUCGAGUUUUUGAGCAAUGUUAACAAAUUACGCAUUGAAUCAGACAAUCAUGUAGAUGAUGCUCUUCUUGAACUGCACCAUGUUGAAGGGGCAUUUGUGGAAACAAUAUUGCCAAAGGUAAAAUCCCCACCUCAAGAGAUAUUACUAAAGCUGGAGAAGGAGCCAAAUUUGAAGGAAUUGUCACAAGAAAGCUCCAUGCUUGUAUUUAAACUUGGUUUGUCUAAGCUUCAAUGCUCUCUAUUGAUGAAUGGGCUUGUUGUUGAUCCGACUGAGGAGGCUCUGCUAAAUGCCUUGAAUGAUGAGACUCAACGAAUACAGGAGCAAGUGUAUUUUGGACAAAUAAAAUCUAACACUGAUGUAUUAGACAAGUUCCUAUCAGAAGCUGGUAUUCAACGCUAUAAUCCUCGGAUUAUUUCUGAUAACAAACCGAGGUUCAUAUCUCUGUCUAUGGUUGCUUCUGGAGAGGCAUCUAUACUGAAUGACAUUGACUACUUGCAUUCUCCUGGAACCAUGGAUGAUUUGAAGCCUGUGACACAUCUUCUUGCUGUUGAUAUCACUUCAGAAAGUGGGAUGAAAUUACUUCGCCAAGGCUUAAAUUAUCUGAUAGAAGGGGCCAAAGAUGCUCGCGUGGGUCUUCUGUUUAGUGCCAAUCAGAGUACAGAUUCAUUUAGCCUUCUUUUCGUGAAGGUUUUUGAAAUCACUACAUCCUCAUAUAGCCAUAAGAGGAACGUAUUACACUUUUUGGAUCAGCUGUGCUCACUUUAUUAUCAGAAAUACAUCCCUACAUCAGCUGUGGAAGUUGAUAGCACCCAAAUAUUUAUUGAUAAGGUCUGCGAGCUUGCUGAGGCUAAUGGGUUACCAUCUGAGGGCUAUAGAUCUGCCCUCCCAGAAUUUUCUGCUGAUGAAGUGAUAAGGAAUUUGAGUAAGGUGGGAAAAUUUUUGUAUAGGGUAAUUGGGUCUGAAUCUGGUGUUAAUGCUGUCUUCACUAAUGGAAGGGUAACUUAUCCUAUUGAUGAAAGCGCAUUUUUGAGUGCUGAUCUGCAACUUCUUGAAUCAAUAGAGUUUAAGCAGAGGACAAAGCAUAUCGUGGAAAUCAUUGAAGAAGUGGAAUGGCAGGAUGUUGACCCUGACAUGCUGACAAGCAAAUUCAUUAGCGAUAUUGUCAUGGCCUUAUCAUCUUCAAUGGCUAUGAGGGAGCGGAGUUCUGAAAGUGCUCGUUUUGAGAUUUUGAGUGAUCAACACAGUGCCAUUAUUCUACCUAAUGAAAAUUCUAGCAUUCAUAUUGAUGCGGUUCUUGAUCCUUUAAGUCCAACCAGCCAGAAGUUGUCUGGAAUUCUUCGAGUUUUGUGGAAAUAUAUUCAGCCCAGCAUGAGGAUUGUACUGAAUCCAUUGAGUUCCCUUGCUGAUCUUCCUCUGAAGAACUACUACAGAUACGUAGUACCGUCAAUGGAUGAUUUUAGUAACAUUGACUCUUCAAUAAAUGGCCCAAAAGCAUUUUUUGCUAACAUGCCAUUGUCUAAGACUCUCACCAUGAAUCUUGAUGUUCCUGAACCUUGGCUUAUUGAGCCCGUUAUCGCUGUUCAUGACCUGGAUAACAUUUUGCUUGAGAACCUUGGUGAUACAAGAACAUUACAAGCAGUUUUUGAACUUGAAGCUCUUGUCCUCACUGGUCAUUGCUCUGAGAAAGAUCACGAUCCUCCUCGAGGUCUUCAGCUUAUUCUUGGAACCAAAAUUACACCCCACUUAGUUGAUACCCUUGUGAUGGCCAAUCUUGGCUAUUGGCAAAUGAAAGUCUCUCCUGGGGUUUGGUUCUUGCAGCUUGCUCCUGGUAGAAGUUCUGAGCUCUAUAUUUUAAAAGAUGAUAAUGGAAGUCAGAAUAAACAAUCUUCAAAACUCAUUACUAUUAAUGAUUUACGGGGUAAAGUAGUUCAUAUGGAAGUAAUAAAAAGAAAGGGCAAGGAACAAGAGAAAUUGCUGAUUCCUGAUGAUGAUGAAGAUGCGCAAGAUAAGAAGAAAGUGAGUGGAAGUAGCUGGAAUUCCAACCUACUAAAAUGGGCUUCUGGUUUCAUUAGUAGCAAUGAAAUAUCUAAAAAUGCUGAAAGCAAUUCACCAGAGAAAGGAAGGGGUGGACGGCAUGGAAAAACUAUUAAUAUCUUUUCAAUUGCUUCUGGGCACCUAUAUGAACGCUUUCUGAAGAUUAUGAUUCUGAGUGUUCUAAAGAAUACACAUCGUCCAGUUAAAUUCUGGUUCAUAAAGAACUACCUCUCCCCUCCUUUUAAGGAUCUGAUUCCCCGCAUGGCCCAAGAGUAUGGUUUUGAAUAUGAACUGAUCACAUACAAAUGGCCUACAUGGUUGCAUAAGCAGAAAGAAAAGCAGCGAAUAAUUUGGGCAUAUAAAAUCUUAUUCCUAGAUGUCAUCUUUCCCCUUUCCUUGGAGAAGGUUAUUUUUGUGGAUGCUGAUCAAAUUGUCAGGACUGACAUGGGAGAACUCUAUGACAUGGAUUUAAAAGGAAAACCUCUGGCAUAUACUCCUUUUUGUGAUAAUAAUAGGGAGAUGGAUGGAUAUCGGUUUUGGAGACAAGGUUUCUGGAAGGAUCAUUUGAGGGGAAAACCAUACCAUAUUAGUGCUUUAUAUGUUGUUGAUCUGAAGAAGUUCAGAGAGACUGCAGCUGGAGAUAAUCUCAGAGUUUUCUAUGAAACUCUUAGCAAGGAUCCAAAUAGUCUAUCCAACUUGGAUCAGGAUCUUCCUAAUUAUGCUCAGCAUACUGUGCCCAUUUUUUCUUUGCCCCAAGAAUGGCUGUGGUGUGAGUCAUGGUGUGGUAAUGCUACAAAAUCCAAGGCAAAAACAAUUGAUCUAUGCAACAAUCCCAUGACAAAAGAACCCAAACUUCAGGGUGCUAGACGAAUAGUAUCUGAGUGGCCGGACCUUGAUUUGGAGGCGAGAAGAUUCACUGCACGAAUCUUAGGCGAUGAUCAAGAAUCUCUGCAAUCUCCUAUCCAAUCAAAGGAUCUGAGUAAUGAAGAUUCAUUGAAAGAGGAUUUGGAAUCCAAGGCCGAGUUGUGAACUUAAUGGACAGGAAAGCUUUGUGCAAUUCAAAGUUUUUGAAAAAAUCUCUGAUCCUUGAUGCAGUUUGACACAUUAUAGCAUCAUGAUAUCUUUCUUACCAAGGAGUGCCUGGCUGAUAUAUUGGCAUGCAACCAAAUUGUGAAAUGCAAUGAAGAUUGCCUUCUCUGUUGGCCAGUUCCGGGGUAGAGUAAUGUUUUGUGAAUUUUAAUCUUGACCUCUUGAAUGCAAUCAUUGUAGACAUAGUUAGCUAUUCAGGCCAUUUAAUCUCACUGAUUUUGUAUACCGGCAUUGCUUCCACUCCCCUUUUGUUCUUUUCAAGAAUAAAUCUUCUGAAUAUAAUAGGGAAGAUUGCUGGAAUUUAGCAAUGCUAAAUAUAAGACAGUGAUAAUGUAACUUUAUUUCUAAUUAUUUGCUGGUUAUUCAUCUCUCUUUUGCAAUGGAUGCAUGCUACCAUAAUACCACAUUUAUUAAUUGAGAUUAGUGGG